AUUUCUAAACCAAGUUUUCCUUCUCCAAGCCUCUGUCACUUCACCGAGAAAAUGAGAGAAAUCCUCCAUAUCCAAGGUGGUCAAUGCGGCAACCAGAUAGGGGCGAAGUUCUGGGAGGUCGUCUGCGCCGAACAUGGCAUCGACUCAACGGGUCGAUACGGCGGCGAGUCGGAGCUCCAGCUUGAGCGAAUCAACGUCUACUACAACGAAGCCAGUUGCGGCCGUUUUGUUCCCCGCGCAGUCUUAAUGGAUCUGGAACCCGGUACCAUGGAUAGCGUUAGAUCCGGUCCGUACGGACAAAUUUUCCGACCCGACAACUUCGUCUUCGGACAGUCAGGUGCCGGAAACAACUGGGCUAAGGGACAUUAUACGGAAGGAGCGGAGCUUAUCGAUUCUGUUCUUGACGUCGUUAGAAAGGAAGCCGAGAAUUGUGAUUGCUUGCAAGGAUUUCAGGUAUGCCAUUCCUUGGGAGGAGGAACGGGUUCCGGGAUGGGAACUCUGUUGAUAUCCAAGAUAAGGGAGGAGUAUCCGGACCGAAUGAUGCUUACAUUUUCGGUUUUUCCGUCUCCUAAGGUUUCGGAUACUGUUGUGGAGCCUUACAAUGCAACGCUCUCAGUUCAUCAGCUUGUGGAAAACGCGGAUGAGUGUAUGGUUCUGGAUAAUGAAGCUCUGUAUGAUAUCUGCUUCCGCACCCUCAAGCUCACUACUCCAAGUUUUGGAGACCUCAACCAUCUAAUUUCUGCCACCAUGAGUGGUGUAACAUGUUGCCUUCGCUUCCCUGGUCAACUUAACUCAGAUCUCCGCAAACUUGCCGUAAACCUUAUUCCGUUCCCAAGGCUGCAUUUCUUCAUGGUUGGAUUCGCACCUCUCACCUCUCGUGGUUCCCAGCAGUACAGGGCCCUCACUGUCCCUGAACUUACUCAGCAAAUGUGGGAUGCCAAGAACAUGAUGUGUGCAGCUGAUCCUCGACAUGGUCGAUACCUCACAGCAUCAGCUGUCUUCCGUGGCAAGAUGAGCACAAAAGAGGUCGAUGAACAGAUGAUCAAUGUUCAAAACAAGAAUUCAUCAUACUUUGUUGAAUGGAUUCCAAACAACGUGAAGUCCACUGUUUGUGACAUCCCUCCUAUCGGCCUGAAGAUGGCAUCCACAUUUAUAGGGAACUCUACAUCAAUCCAAGAGAUGUUCAGAAGGGUGAGUGAGCAAUUCACUGCCAUGUUCCGUAGGAAGGCUUUCUUGCACUGGUAUACCGGAGAGGGAAUGGACGAGAUGGAGUUCACGGAAGCUGAGAGCAACAUGAAUGACUUGGUUUCCGAGUACCAGCAAUACCAGGAUGCAACAGCAGGUGACGAAGAGUACGAGGAAGAGGAUGAAUAUGAGGAAGAGGCUUAAAACCGGGUGGAAUAUGCUUACCUUUUGUUCAUAUAGCCUGAAGGCUAUUUGGAUGUUUUUGUUGUGCUUUGGACUGGAACAUUGUUGUGCAUUGUGGAGUGUGUGUUGAUGCAGUUUCUCACUGCCUGUUUUUGCUUCUUUGGAUAAUUGUGUUGUUAA